CACAUUACGGUAAAACAUGGGCGCUGCAUCCAUGAGCUGCCAGUGAAGCUUGUUAGGAUAACUCUGUAUUUCUCUGGUCUGUGUUACACCAGCAAUCACAAUGAUAACUCCUGCGUUUGACCUGAGCCAAGAUCCAGAGUACCUGAUCCUCUGCAUCCGAGUUCCCUACACCAGAACAUCAGAGUUUGACUUGUUCAUUGAUGGCACAGAUUUCAAGUUCUACGCCAAGCCCUACUUUCUCAGUUUUGCUGCAGGUCUGUUCACCGUCUGGGUCCCUAAGGAAACGACUGGAGAACACUUUGAAGGACUUCAGAUGCUGACCAGCCUCCUCGCUCCGAAAGGCGCCCGCUCAGCAAAACCACUGAUAGAGGACGUGAGCACAGGAUGCAGUGAAGGCGCUGGAGAUGCUGAUGAGGAUGAAGAUGAGGAAGAGUUUGACUGGCAGGUGGAGCAGGAGGAGUACAAGGAGAGCUCUGAGGAGGAGCUGGGGGCGCUGCAGAAAUAUGGCUUCGGCAAUCAGAGGUCUGGAGUGUUUGCACGAUUACAGGAGGAACUGACCGACGUGAUUGAUGUGAAGAACCCAGAAGGGGCGACGGCAGCAGAGAGGAGGCGCGGGCGGCAGGAAGUUGAGGCGUCUGAUUUUUCUCCUGACCAUUACCUGGCUGAUUUGUUUGAGGAUGAGGAGAUAAAAAGGCUGCUGAAGUUUAGUCCAUGGUGGGCAAAGCUGAGUCCUACAGAGCAGCAGCAGGAGGCUGCUGUAUCAUUCACCGACGGCGAGAAGGAGCAGCUGAGGAAAUUCACAAACCGUUCCUACCUGCUGGACAAGGCGUCCCGUAACCAAGUGUGGCUGAGCCUCGUGGACAUCCUGCUGACAUAUUCCUAUGAAGUGCGCUCUACAGAGGGAGAGCACAACGUAGAGUCACCGUGGACGAUCAGAAAACUCAGCGGGACUCUCUGCUGGCUGGAGACGUACAGCUCCCUGCAGGACGUCCUGGUGUCCUUUGGACGGAGGGUGCUGUGCUACCCGCUCUACAGACACUUUUCCAUGGUGUCUGCGGCCGUUCGUGACACGACUAAGAUUUUGCAGUCAGGUAACUCUGCAACCCUGCCUGUCACCUUUAAAUGUCUGGAGGAAAACAACAAAAUUGACAAGAGAAUCACCCGCUUCGUGCUGCCGGUGGGAGCCACGAUCAAUAUGGAUGGAACGGCGCUUUAUGAGGCGCUGGCAGCCAUCUUUAUAGCCCAGGUCAACAACGUGGAGAUGAACUUUGGUCAGAUCCUCACCAUCAGGCAGCCGCCGCACCGCAGCUGCCUGCACAAUCGCUGGAGGACUGUGCUGUCACUCAAAAACUGA